AUGCUGUCGACGCUGCUGAGGCCACGAAAGAGGCGCGCCGACAAGUCGCCCUUCUCGAGCCCCUUUAACAGUUCGCCUCUGGCUGCGCGCAACGACUACGACCGAAUUGACGACCACGAAGAUGCAGACGAUUGCGACGAGGACGAUGGCGGCGAAGACGAACUGGACACACCGCUGUUGCCCAUCUUCUCGGCCGCACACUUAGGUUUGUGCCAUGGGCCUCUGUCUCUGAGACAGCGCCGCUGA